CUUUCUCUCUCUCCUCUCCCAAAUCCAAUCGCUCCAAUCUCUCUCCUCUCUCCUCCGCUGCUCAGAACCUUACAGAACUCGCCCGAUCCAUCGCCGAUUCCACUCAGCCACUUGCUCAGCUCCGUCCGUCGCCGGCGGUCACCGAUCGCCAUGUCCUCCUCCGACGUCCGUUCUUCAUCGACUUAUGAGAUUACGGAACUCCACGCAGAGGCUGAUUUCGAGAAGCUUCUCUCUCCUGACGGUCGUAUCUCCAUUUGCGGCUUCGGUUCCCUCCUCUCCGAGAGAAGUGCGAGGAGUUCGUUUCCGGAGCUCACGGACUUCAGAGUUGCGAGGUUGAACGGUUUUCAGCGCGUCUUCGCUCAUGUCGCUCCAAUUUUCUUUGAGCGCGGAAUUGCGAAGCCGGAGACAAAGGAAAUCUCGAGCUUAAGUGUAGAGCCUUGUGAAGGAGAAAGCCUGAUAGUUACAGUUUUCCAAAUUCAAAAAUCGGAUAUUCCGGCAUUCCUUGAGAGAGAGCUUGAAUUUCGAUUCCUUGCUGUUCUGCCUGAAACACUGGAUGGGAAACCAUUUGACAAUCCUUCGGUUAUUUGUGCUCGAUACAGUGACGAAAAAUUCUUUCGGAUUAGAUGUAAAGGAAACAAGGACGUCUACUUUCAGCUAUAUGGACGAUAUGGCAUAGAUAAGAUUUGGCGUGAUGAUAUCUUACCAUGCCGUGCUUAUCUUCGGCACUGUGCGUUGGCAGCGAAAAAUCUCAGCGAUGAAGCCUAUAACAACUUUUUAGAUCACACUUUCCUUGGAGACCGUACAACAACUAUUCGUCAGUAUCUAGCAACAACAGGUUCGGGCAUCAUGGAAGAGGAGCCCCCAGAAUCCCUGAAGACCCGGUAUGGCGGUUGACACUCAUGAAUUUGAUGAACUAGUUAUUUGCAAAGGUUUAACGUCUUUGGAAAGUAAAAUUCUAGGCAUUGAUAUCAAAUCAUUCAUUUAUGCUUCAAGACACAGACGCACAAGGCUUUUCUAUUAUUCAGUUUCUGUAUUCUAUCAUUUUAUGAUUUCAUGUUCCAAUUAA